AUGGCAUCUUUCUUGGAGAAGGCGACUUCUGCUCUUAACGAAGCCAAAGAAUCCGUUACAGCCACCGCUGAAUCCGUCGGUUCCUCUCUAACCGAUGCUCAAAAAACCGUUGCAGCCUCCACCGAAACCGCCAGGAGCACUAUAACCGAUGCAGGGGAAACCGUUGCAGCCUCCACUGAAACGGUCAAGACCGAAGCAGCAGCCUCCACUGAGAAGGCUGCAGCCACAAAAGAGAAACUGACUACACAGGCAAGAGAUGCAGUGGACAGUGCUUUGUCAAAAGGUAUAGAAGGAGCCAAAUCUUUGCUUCAUGUUUUUGAGGAGAAGAGGACUGAAGUAUCAUCCAAGGUCGUUGGAGCUGUUUCUAAUGCUGUAAGUGGAGCAUCGAGCAGCACCAACCGAGACCUUCCCAUAUCCAUAGACAAUCAGCCUUUGUUAGCUGGUGAGCGUGGGGUUGAGACGACGCCGUGGUGGAAGAACUGUUGUGGAGUUCUUGAUCUUCUCAAGACAUCUACUACAAAAUGA